UUUAGAUAUUGUAAAACUUUUUUAUACAUACACUUUAAUGUAAAGGACUUUUACUGUAAAUGAUUUUAUGUAUAAAAAGUGCUAAAUAAAGUGUAUGUUAUUAUUAUUAUUAUUAUUAUUUUAUUAUUAACAACAAUAAGGGGAAAUUUAGAAAGAAAUGUGUAUGAAAACAUUGGUAUCAUAGAUGUGAAGAUAAGAAGAAGGAGAGGAAGAAGAAGAAGAAGAAGAAAUAAUAUGUUACAGGACAAACAGUCUUGAAGGAGAUAGACAGACUGGGGUAAACUUUGGGUGAAAGGGCAAUCAAAAUCAAAUUAAGACAUCAAAGAAUAUGCUAAACAUGUAGCUAAGAGAAUUUCUCUCUAAGCAUUUGCAUGUGCCCUGCUGGCUGCCUGCCUUUGGUUUGAAUCAGACUGGAGCAGUUUCAGGAGUCUGUUAUGAACCAGACAUGGUGGAUACUGUAUAUUGUACAGUAGAUGUAAGCCACUGUACUUGUGAGGCUGCAGCACAGCUUCCAGUGGGGGUGAAUAUUGUGUGUGUUAGUUGUGGUGCCCUAGCCACCGUUUACAUUCAAUAAAAAAAGAAUUCCUCAUAUUUAGUCGAGCCGACCCGUUUCCAUGGUUACUGGCCAGGGGUUUUCAUUCUUGAUUCACUUCCUCACCCUGGGCGCUCUUUUUGUAGACCUCACUCCUUUUUUUCCCCUUGCUGAUGUUUCUACAUUUAACUCUAGUUUCUCUUCACGUGAUUUCUUCUCUUCUUUGGGAACAUUUCUGCUCCUCCUGUUUCCUGCUCAGUGCCACCCCUGCAUUUACGCCGCCCCCACAAAGCCUUGCUCUCUCAAUGAAAUCCAGACAUGCACACUACUCGCACUCCGAUUCUAAAGAAAACAACUCCUGGCUGUAGCUAGGCAACUCCAAAUAUGAGUCAUCCCACUGCCGCGCCCAUCAUCAACUGAUCACCCCCCACCACCACCACCACCACCCACCCCCACACACACACAUACACACAGCUUCAAAACCUCUUUAUGAAGUGUAGUUGUUCAAAUCAUUCAAACUGUGCCACUGAGAUGGUUCCAACUGUGCAGAUGUGUGGUUCGUCUGAUUCUUCCACACUCUUCUAAUCUAGAGGUAGUGGUAGAAAAACAGCCCUUAUACAUCAGCCACUGUGAGAGAAUUAACAGUCUGGCCUCAGUUGAUAACAUCAUGACCACAAUGUGAUGACUGAUCACAGCUUGGCAGAGUCGCUUAUUGUCAGAUGGUGGAGUUGGCAGCAAACUAACUGUCUUGUUUCUUGGCUGGAUAUGUAUAGUAGUUCAUAGAUAAUAUCACUAAAACAGCAUUUUUUCAUUAAAUAUGGAGUCAUCUACUCAUACUUGAUACAUUUAUGUUUUAUGAUCAGGCUAGAAGACAGUCAAUUGGGAAGAACAGUGGCAAGUAUAUAAAAGAGUAUGGAGUAAAAAAACCAACAACAAUGAAAUGCAAAUGAAUGUAAAUGAUAUACAGGAGUUAGGUGGUAAAUGAAUCUUGUGACUUACUGUAUGACUUAUUUCUAUCAGUCAGAUGAUAGGUUAAGAGAAAACACAGAAAAUACUUAGAUUACUUAGAAAGAGGGCAAAGGUUAAAUGUCUUGAUUGGCAGAACGGCAUUUAAUCUGUUAGAAAGGCAGAGUCACAUGUUCAUUUGAGUGAAUAUACUGUAUGUAUACAGAUCUCUUUUUAAAAGAGGAAUUUGCCUACUCAGUAGUACAAAACAAAUUGACAACAUAUUAUUAAAAAUAAUUGGAUGUGUUCUGAAAAAUCUGCUCCUUUUGUUUCAAUGCUUUGAAAUUAUACUUUGAAAUAGUGCUGUAAAAGAUGGAUAGAUAGAUAAGGAAGUAACAAAUAAGUACAUGAAUUCAUCAAUGUUCAUGUGAAUUUAUGAUUUAGUGUAAUGCAGUGUCUCCCUCUAGCGGACAGAAAUGUACUUUGUGAUAAAGAUUUUUAAUAGUUGGUAUUUAGAAUAGAUUUGUUUAUUGUACUAAAACAACAAUACAAAGUAUAUGAAUAAUAUUAAGUUUUAAAAACAAAAAUGAAGACAAUUACCUAGAAACAUGGUUUUGAAGUGAAGGAUGUUUCAGAAGGGUCUACUGAUGGCAUAUCACUUCUGUUUGAGGUCUUUGAGAGUCAAGACGUAAAAUACAAUGGAUUUUAACAUGCUCUAUAUUUGGGUGUGGCGCUGAUAGUAGCCUACUGUUUACACAGUACUGUCCCUCCCAAAUCCUAAAUAUAUAUACUUACCUGUUUGACUUUCGUAUAUAUCUAAAAAAAAAAAAAAAAAAACUGUUGUCUUUGUACAUGAACGCAUUUUAUUACCGUCAACAUAUAGGUAACCCUAGUUUGUGGAAAAGUGGGUGUCAGGGUUUACCACUUCAGUACCUCUCUACGUAUUGGGUUCUAGUAAGGCCAGCCAGAACAACAAAAAAAAAAAAGUUAGAACAUCUGCAACAAUAAUAACCUACCACCUACUGAGCACGUGCCAUCUUGACUAAUUAGUGGCAGGUGUGUAGUUAGGAAGUCUACAAAAACACUGCUGCUGUUCGCUCUGUCCCAGUGUUUUGGUGCAUAUAGAGAAACUCGUUUUGGCAAUGCAUUUGAAACAAAACGGAUACUGCUUCGGUGUCCUUCUCACUUACACCAUCACAAUCAUAACUUUACCUUCAGUGAGCUGGUGUGAGCCCUUUUAUUCCUCCCAACCGAAUUCUCAUUUGGCUCCUCGUCAUGUCACGGACAGCGUUUUAACAACGAAAGGUCUCGCCUACCCUUUCAGCCGGGAGGACAGCAAACAGCAACACCUCGACUCAAAGCAGGGACAGCUAGAGUCGAGAAAUCUCCCAGUCUUUGACCACCUCGAAAACGGGGACGGAACACAGGCUAAAACCUUUGGAGGGAGGCCUGAGCAGAGACUCAGACCCAGAAUGGCGUCUUCUUCUAAUGACGAGAGUUUGAAAAACCGCCACAAACUGAAGCAAACCGAGGGGGAGUGGAUGUAUUCUUCACGGAAGUCUUCAAAUGAAGACUGUAGCAAAGGAAAAAUGAAGCAUGUAAUUCACGGAAAGUUUUACAUUGUUGGUCAACUUGAACCAAACACCCCAAAGGUGGACUACCAGUCAGAUUCUGCUGUUUCAGUCCAGGCUGAGGGAGGCCAGGCGAGGAUCAGAGGCCAGCAGGUCAGCGGCUCAGAGGAGAGCUGGCAGAGGCUCCAGCCUGUGGUGGAGUGUGGAGAUGAUGCCAUGACCCUCAUUGUCAGGAGGAGACGAGCUACACAACUACUGCUGGAUCGGGUGAAUGAGUCAUCUGUGCCCUUGUCUCAGCUGCCGCCACAAUGUGGUUACUCUGUUCGAACCACAUGGAGAGACCUCAAUCUGAUGGCUCAAUAUGAUGCCUGCCAUGUCACACAAGAGGUUGACAGCUAUGUGUUGCCUCUGCUGUGGAGGGGGACGCCAGUCAAGAUGUCCUGCCCAGUCUCUCAGAUACAGCCUCAUGCCACUGGUCCAUCCUCCUUGUGCUGCUCCCCGUAUGGUAUGACUAUCACAGUGCAGGGACUGUCUGCCACAGAGGAGCUGAGGAUAAAUGUGAGAGGAGAGUGGGCCCCUCUGGUGGUGUUAACUGAGCAGUGUGGCUACACCAUGGAGAGACAAGAUGCAGAGAUUGUUAUCACUGCUGCAUACCUCAUGUGUGGCAUCACAGUAAAGGAUGGACGAUACACACUCUCUCUUCAAAUAGGAGAAAAAACAUUCACACUGUCCUGUCCUAUCUCUCCCCCUGAAGAACUCCCACUAACCCAUCAGCUUCUUGUCAAUAGCCCUCUAAGCAGGGGACUAACAGAGCAUAUAGCAGAAACCAUAGAGCCUUUUCCAUGGGCCCCACCUUACUACCUGGCCCCACCUAACUAUCCCCAUCCUACAUAUCAUCGCAAGUAUCCUAGACCUGAUGUUCAUGAUGCACAUAACCCUCCUACUCCCCCAUCCACAACUCCUGACCCUACAUUUGGUCCGCAGCCUCUCCAACCUGUUGAUUCCCAGCCAGACCAUCUGGAAUACUACUCCCACCAGAUUCCUGUCAGGGAGUCCUAUAAACAAUUCCGUGUGCACAGUUCUCUACCAGCUACAGAUGAAAUGGAUGAUUCAAGCCAGGUGUAUCCAGAUGUACAAGAAGAAGAAGAAACUCCUGUCUUAAGUUUCUCUGAGAAGCACAGCACCACGCCCUCCGCAGCUACACGCUUUCCAGUUCAGGUUGAAGCGCCCUCUCUCCACCCUCCCAGCCAUGCCUUCAAUCCAUACUACCACUACUACCACCACCCCAAAAUCCCUCUUCCUGGCCUACCUCAAGACCCUGAUCCAGGUCCUGAGGUUGCUGAAGAACCGUCUUCACCUAGUUCUCAUAACAGUGAAUUUCUAAUGUUUCCCCCCAGUGUCCAGCAGUCGGAGGUUAACUCAGACCAGUUCCCUCAGCCUGUGCCUGAAGCUGCAUCUGAUCCUUAUAUCCUUCCAAGAAGUCCUAAAUUUGUUCAUGAAGCCCCUGCACCUCAUCCACAGCCUUAUCCAUACCACUACUUAUAUUACAUUCCACAUUUUGCUAGGGGUGAGGCUAAAAGGUUGGCUCCUCCACAUGGUGAUGUGGCUGCAAACACAAAUUUGUCUUCUGUUUACCCACUUUCCCGCUCAUCAGCACUUCCAGUCCAUGACAAAUACAUUGUGAAUCCCCACAUAGAUCAGCCAAAUGCAGAUGAAAGGAUUAGCACUGAAAAAUACAGCCCAGACUGGAUCAAAAAUCCACUUUUGUAUGAGAAUUCUGAUGAUGAUGUAAAACCAGACCUGGAUGACACAAAGAGACACUCCACAUCUGUGAUUCCUGCAGUCCAACCUCUCCCACACAGUUUCCAUCCUGAACCAAAGCCUGUUGCAGCUCCUUCUCCUGAACAACCCUCUUUCCCCACUCCAUCCAAGCAUAACCCCCCUCCUUACCCAUACUACUACCACUACUAUCAGAUGUAUUAUGGACCUGAGAGUUUACAGAGCGCUGACAACCAUGUAACUCCAACUUCAUUCAAAACAUCUUCCUUCCCAGUGCAGCAUCCGUCCUAUCGCAAAUAUCAACCAACACCUUCGCCCACAGAAUCAACCUAUGAUGUUCAAAAUGGCCGCCUACAUCCUUCCUACUACUAUUACCACCUUUUCUACCAGCCUGAGGUGUCCAAAGACAACCAGGAACUACAUCCUGCAGGCAGCAUGGAUUCUGAAAAAGCAUCAUCAAAAUCAGAAUCUGAGCCUCCUUCUGAGUCUGACCUCAGCAUGAAGGAUUUACUGGUUCAUGCUGCUGAGGCAGGAUAUCUCAGCAUCCCUCAGCCAGAGCACAGUCCCCUCCAUAGCUUCUAUUCCCAUUAUAUGACACGGCAACAUCCAUAUGAUCCUUCGAGGCAUCCUGGUGGAGAAGAAGCAGAGGAGAGGUGGGAUAAUGAAAUGAGAGACUGCACAAUUGGAGAGCAUUUUAUCUUUGCAAUGCCUGACUCUGUGGUGGAGCCCACAGUAGCCCCUCCUGCUCAUUCCUCUGAGGAUUGUAAUAUAUCCUGCUCACUGCAGAAGCUGACCUCUGACCCUGACAUCUACAUUGUGCCCCUGGAUGGCUGUGGAGUAAACAAACAUGUGUUUGGUCAGACAGUAGUCCAUCUGUUGGAAGUCCAAGGUAUCCAUUCUUUUCAACAAGACCACAGCUCUGUGCAUGAGAGCUCUCCCGUCAGGUUGAUGGUGGAACGUAGUUCCUCCCCAGGUUCCCCAGGUGAAGUGCGGUUCCAUGUGAUGGAUCACCCUCCUCCACCUCCCAUUCAGUCUACAACCAGCCACCGUCACAGUGCAACUGAGAAUUGCAAAAGAUGAGUCCUUCACCAGCUACCACCCUGAGGCUCCCCUGCCUCUCAGUCUCAUACGAGGCAGACCUCUUUAUUUGGAAGUGAGCCUGCUGGACCCACCAGAGCCAAACCUGGUGCUGCUGGUUCACUCCUGCCUGGCUUACACUCAAGCUCCAUACAACAGCUGGAUGCCUAUUUACAAUGGCUGCCCCAGCCUCAGUGAUUCACAGCUGCUUCCUACUGCAAGCUCUGCUCCCCACCACAUCCGGAGGAUCUUAAUCUCCAGCUUCCUGUCCCUGCCUUCAGAAAGUUCCUCUUACAUGGCUAAAGGAGGAUACUCACUCCUGGAGGAUCCAGAGAUCUACUUUUUGUGCUUGACAGAAGUGUGCUCUGCUGCAGAUGGUGACUGUACUGUCGGCUGCAUCAACAGUCCCAAUAAUGACGUGUGAGCAAUGGAAUAAAGACACCUUUACCAAACUACACUUUUGUCAUUUUAUGGAAACAAGUACACAUUUAUUGAAGAGGAAAAAAUACUCCAUGGAAUAUUUAUUUCUAAAACCCUUAACUUAAAAACAAUACAGUGCAAUGCAGUAGUUAGUACUGUAGUAUACAGAGAGUGGCAUUUGGCGGUUUUCUCUCCAAACAGGGACACUUAAUGUACUGUUAUUUGGUCACUGAACAAGAACCUGACAGAAUGAAAAGUUAGCAAUAUGUAUUUGAAUGG